AUGUCAGGAACACAGUGUGAUCCCGCGCCACAGAUCGGAGGACCACUGAGGCUCUUGUUAUCCGCAACGGAUGGCCAGGACGGAUCGAUCCAGGUCACUCACGCAGAACAAGUCAAUGCGGUUUCAAGCACGGAGGGAGACUGCCGACGGCAGUGUGGGUUCCUUGACUUCGAGUCGCUGAAGUCAUCCGAGCACGCUCUCCAGGACCUAUGUGGGGUCACCAUGACUGUUUUUAGUUUGUUAAGCCUCACACCAGCAACCAGGUACAGAAAGAGCGACAUUUCAGCUGAGGACAAACUCACCCUCUUCCUUAUGAAGCUUAAACUGGGGAUCAGCUUCACUGCACUAGCCGCCCUCUUCUCGGUCCACAAGACGACAGCGUCUCGAACAUUCAAAACACUACUGGACAUUCUAAGUGUGAGGCUCGAGCGCUGGGUGUUUGUGCCAGCUCGAGACAUCAUCAAUGAGUCGCUGCCACCGGCCUUCAAAACACACUAUCCAGGCUGUACAUUUAUCAUAGAUUGCACAGAGAUUCGUACUGAAACUCCCUCCGACCCUGAGCAGCAGCACUACAUGUACUCGAGUUACAAGAGUGGCUACACCAUCAAAUUACUAAUUGGCAUAAUUCCUAAUGGCAUGAUUUCAUUCGUAUCUAAAAUCUAUGGGGGGCGACAGAGUGACAGUCACAUCACAGUAAAUUCAGGGUUUUUAUCUUUGGUUCAACCCGGCGAUGUCGUUUUAAGCGACAGGGGCUUUCCCAGCAUCCGGACUACCAUGGCUGAGAAGGGUGCUGUGCUUGUCAUGCUGCCUUUCUCAGUUGGAGGUCAGCAGCUUUCCCAAGAGGACAUGGACAACACCUUCCACAUUGCGCAGGUCCGCAUCCAUGUGGAGAGAGUAAUUCAAAGGCUGAAAAAUUUCCACAUUUUGAAACACAGAAUCCCGCUCACUCUAAUCCCACAAAUGGACCAGGUCGUCCAAGUAUGCUCCGCUCUUGUUAACAUGCAGACACCAAUUAUAAAGAAAUAA